AUGGCCAACUGCACCUGGCAAGAUGGCCGAAUCUUCGGCGAUCCCCUUGCACCAUGCGGACCACUGAAUACCACCAACCCCGUGGCAGCUUGCUGCGCUGUCGGAGACGUCUGUCUUUCAGAUGGAAACGAUAUACUACCUGAUAUAAAAUACCAAAGUGAUUCAACGUGGGUAUGUUGCGGCACUGACGCAGAAGGGAAUCGAGACUGCGAACAUCCAACAGAUGAGAAAUUCGGCGCGGCGGAUAAAUCGGCGCUCGUUACUCUUUGGACAGCCGGUGUAUCGACGCCUACUUCGGCUAUCGUGUCUUCGACUGCGUUGGGUACAUCAAGUGCAUCGGGUACUCCUACACAGACCGCUGAGCCGGCAUCAUCUUCGGAUGUCGGCGCCUUUGAGUGGCUUACCUCAGGGAUUGCCGCCUUCUGA